ACCCGCUCAUACAGUGUUGUUAAAUGACAGACAGCAAGUUCAGCUACAUCGCAAAGAGGCGUGUAGUUAAUUUAGAAUAUAUGUUAAUCUGUCUAAUGACAAUCGAUGUUCCUGGAGUUUACACUCUCGUAUAGCUAGUUAAACUAGCGGUACUGACGGGUUUUAAAGGUUUGUAAUGCGGUUCAGUCACACUACGACAGUUUUAAACUCGGCUCUGGGGAAACACCUACGAUUUGAUCAACGAAACGAAAGUGUUUACUUCUAGUAAUGGCCCCCAAAGCCAAGAACAUUUAUUUCAUUAUUACUACUACACCUGCCUCAUAUGGUUGGACAAAAUCUGGGAAGAUAUGUUAUGUAAAAGAGGAUCUAUAUUCACAACCAAAAAAGCUGAAGAAAGACACCAUACCUGUAAGGUUGUUGGGCUCUACAUAUGACCGUGACCUGCCACUGAAUUGUCUGCAUAUACUGACCCAAGAAAUGGCAGAGUUAUUGCUGGCUAUUGACUCAGAUAAAGACAGACUGGAUGCAUGUAUAUCGUCAGAGUCUUUAGACCAGGCUUUAACUUUGGUUAAAGGGUCUGAAGUGACAGUGGAACAAAAUGGAAAGUGGCUGAAAGGUGUGAUUAAAUACAUCGGCAGGCUGAAUGAAUCAGUAAUGGAUCCUAUAGCAGGAGUGUUCUUUGGAGUUGAACUACAGGGAGAUGACAAAGGGAAAGGCCAGAAUAAUGGAACUUACCAUUUAAAAAGAUUUUUCACUUGUGGGGAGAACUGUGGCAUUUUUGCCCCAUUCAACAGAAUAAGACCUGUGCAUUCAGCACCAGCAGACACUUCCCACCCCGCGCUUUGGUCUAGCAAAGGUGAGACAGCUGAGGAGGAGCUGUCUGUUGGAGAUCGUGUGUCUUAUUUUAUUGGUUCUGAAAUGCACUCCGGCAUGGUUCUGGAAAUUCUGAAGAGCAAAGGCAUGGUUCUGAUCUCAACUGACCGGGAUGAGCAUGGAAAAGAGGGAGGAGAGAGAAAAAUCUCAUUGGAUUGUGUUUAUAAACUGGAAGGAGAUGAAUCUGAAAAAAUGGACACCUCAAAAAAUCCAGAAAUAAAUCUGAACUCCGUGGUGGAGGUCGAUCUGGCAAAAGGACCUACUUAUGGGACUGUCCGGUGGAUUGGCCAUCUGCCUGAAAAGACUGAUCUCAUGGCUGGGCUGGAACUGGAAGAGGAUUGGGGGGUGAAUGAUGGUACAUUCAGAAAUGACCGCUAUUUUUUUUGUCCACCAAAACGUGGCAUUUUUGUAAAGGUCGCCUCGUGUCGCCCUGAUUCUCGCUUUCUGGGAGACAAUGCAUCAGAUGGACAUUUUGAUGUUUCAGCUGUACAGGAUUUACAGGCCAAUGUUCCGGUCCCACCCCUUAGAUCACAGGAUGUAAAAGAUUUUUUGAUUGGAAAGCAGAGGGGCAUCCAAGGUCACUGUAACUCUUGCUACAUGGACUCUGCUCUUUUCAGUCUGUUUACCUGUUCGUCAGUACUGGACUCUCUGCUGUAUAAAGGCACUAAUCAGAAUGAUAAACACAUUCAAGAAACCCUACGGAAGGAGAUUGUGGGUCCUCUACGCAGAACAGGGUUUGUGGCUGAUCGCAGUGUAAUGAAGCUACGCCAACAGUUGCAGGAACGUGGUCACUCUCCUAGCUACACCACAGAUGAGAAAGAUCCAGAAGAGUUCCUUACUCUCAUUAUGCAAGACAUUCUGUCUUUGGAGCCGCCACUCAAACUAAAACCUCUGGGAAUGAAGAAGGUGGAAACUAGUUUCUUUUACCAGAUCUUUGUGGAUUACAACAACACACUGGUUUUACCAACAGUCCAGCAGCUGCUGGAGCAUUCCUUUUACACCAGCUGCCUCAGACUGGAAGAGGUGCCCUCAUGUCUGAUCCUGACCAUGCCUCGCUCUGGAAAGCAGUUCAAAAUGUUCCCCAAAAUCAUUCCCUCGCUAGAGCUGGACAUCACUGCUCUUUUGUACAAUGGUCCUCAGCAGUGUGUGCUCUGUGGACAGCUGGCUCAUGUGGAGUGCACAGAGUGCUUUGGAGAUCCAGUAUUUGGCAAUACAGGAUUCAAACAUUUGUGUGACACGUGUUCAGCUCAGGUUCAUUUGCACCCCAGCCGGCGGCCCCAUAAGCCCACUACCAUGACCCUUCCAGAAGGCUUCAUCCGCAUGUGGGGGUCUGGUGGUCCACCUCACUCUCCUCCACGAGAAAAACUGGAGCUGUUCGCUGUUCUGUGUAUAGAGACCAGCCACUACGUUUCCUUUGUCAAACACGGACCAAAAGCAACUGACUGGAUCUUCUUUGAUAGCAUGGCUGAUCGAAUUGGUGAGAUAAAUGGUUAUAACGUCCCGCAAGUUAAAGAGUGCCCAGAAGUGGGACGCUACCUCACCAUGCCUCUUGCUGAGCUGGCAGCACAGGUGCCUCGAGAGAUGGAAGGUGUGGCAAAGCGACUUUUCUGCGAUGGCUACAUGUAUCUAUACCAGAGUCCCAACAUGGGCCUCUAUCACUGACACCUCAGCUCUUUAAACAAGCAGCUCUCUAAACGAAUACACUCACUCUUAUACACAAAUUCAGCUCUGAUGCCCCCAGAAGAGCAUAAAUGUACUCUCACUACCGUCUUCAUUUUCACGCUUUUAGCUGAUUAACUGAGUAUGCGCACUCAAGUGCCAUAAAUCAUUGCCUUUCUGGUUUGUGCAUCAGGGUACAGGUGGAACACUUGAUGUAUACUUGAUGAGCUUCUGAAUUGCUUUGAAUUGAGUGAGGAAGAUGCUAAUGUUAAAAAUGUACAGUGCCUUAAAAUCUUACUAAAGUAGGACAGUUAAAUACAAAACUUUGUGCACUUUUUAAGACUUAUUUUUGCCUUUUUGAACAAUAAUCAGAUUCAGUUGAUUUGCAGAUAGAGAAACACUGUGCAAGGGAAAGUGCAAAGAUUAUUUAAGAAAAAGUUCCUUUUUAUUUCUACCAAAACGGUUUAUUCCAUAGAUGCAUGUCUUAAAACUUGACAGUAAUGAGGCACUUAUGAUAAUUGGCUUCAGAGAAAGUAGAUAAAAUAAGCCAAAUUAAUGAGACUGGAAUACAAAUUACAGAUCCUUCUUUGUGUUGGAUUUUGUUUAGGAUGGACUUGUGGAAUUAAUAUAGUUGUAUCUUUAUACUAUAUUAAGUUAUAGGUAGAAAUGUGGAUUUUUUUAUGUUGUGGGUAUUUUGGUAAUGGAAAAUGCUUAUGCUGCGUAGCCUUACUUAUUUUGAUUUAAUACCUUUGGGGAUGCUGUACAAUCUGGUGACACCUCAGGGAACUUGCUGUAACAUUUUCAGUGCAAAUGCUUUAAUGAAAAAAUAAUAACAAAUAAAACAGUUCCUGGAGUGAACUAUUACUA